AUGCCCAAGAAUAUGGGAAAGGGAGGCAAGUCCUUCAAGGCAGGUAAUGCCAAGGGAAUAAUGCAGAACCAGAAGCGUGAUAUUGUCUACGCAGAUGCCCAAGAGGACGAGGAGUACGCGCAGGUUAAAAAGGCGUUGGGGAACCUUCGACUUGAGCUUCAGCUGGCUGACGGUAGCAAGGCAAUAGGCGCCAUUCGUGGGGCGAUGGUGCGGAAAGUGUGGAUCGCUCAGGGAGAUGUUGUGCUGAUUUCGAAGCGUUCAUUCAACACCAACGACAUCGUGGAUGUUCUUCACCGCUACACGCCUGCAGAGGUGCGAGCUCUCGUGAAGGAUGAGAUCAUUCCGCGUGACUUCCGUUCCACCGACGAGCGUGAGGCCAACAAUGCGCAGACUGACUACGUAUUCGUUGCCGAGAAUGAUGAUGAGGCGGCCGAUGAUAAGGACGAGAAUGUCAUUGACCGCCACAAGGUAGUUCUGGAUGACCCGCUGGCAAACUUUGACGACCUAUAG